AUGGCAGUCACAAAAAUAUGCUGUAUAGGCGCUGGAUAUGUGGGUGGGCCAACGUGCAGUGUAAUAGCAAUGCAGUGUCCUCACAUAAAAGUCACGGUUGUAGACAUAAGUGCUCAUCGUAUUUCCCAGUGGAACUCGGAAAAAUUGCCCAUCUACGAACCUGGACUCGAUGACAUUGUAAAAAAACGGAGAAAUGUAAACUUGUUCUUUUCUACAAACAUCGAAGAAGCUAUCCAAGAAGCAGAUUUAAUUUUCAUUUCUGUUAAUACCCCUACAAAGACAUUUGGAGUGGGAAAAGGACGUGCUGCUGACUUAAUGUACGUUGAAAAUUGCGCUAGGACUAUUGCCCAAGUCUCAACAAGUGAUAAAAUUGUAGUGGAAAAAAGUACAGUACCGGUCCGUGCAGCUGAGAGCAUUUUAAAAAUUUUAAGCGCUAAUCACAAGCCUAAUGUUAAAUUUCAAGUAUUAUCUAACCCCGAGUUCUUGUCUGAAGGCGUGGCUGUUGAAAACCUAUUAAAUGCAGAUAGAGUCCUUAUAGGUCACGAAGAGACCGCCGACGGUUUAUGGGCUUUCAAGGAGCUCAGCAAAGUAUAUUUGAACUGGAUACCCGAAGAAAAAAUCCUCAGGACCAACACUUGGUCUUCGGAACUAACCAAAUUGGGGGCUAAUGCAUUUCUAGCUCAGCGGAUUUCUAGCAUCAACUCAUUGUCUGUAAUGUGUGAAGUGACCGGUGCAGACGUCAGUGAGGUGGCUAAGGGCAUAGGUCUCGAUUCCAGAAUUGGGCCCAAAUUUUUACAAGCGUCAGUUGGUUUCGGUGGCAGUUGUUUCCAAAAAGACCUACUAAAUUUAGUUUACAUAUGUGAAUGUUUAAAUAUUCCACAAGUAGCAGUUUAUUGGCAACAAGUACUGGACAUGAAUGAUUAUCAAAAAUCUAGAUUUUCAAAUAAAAUUAUAGAAUCAUUGUUUAAUACAGUCACUGGUAAAAGAAUAACUAUGUUUGGAUUUGCAUUUAAAAAAGACACAGGUGAUACACGGGAGUCGCCCGCAAUACACGUUGCUAAGACGUUACUUGAUGAAGGAGCAAAUCUUAAUAUUUAUGACCCGAAGGUGGAACCAGAGCAAAUAAAAAAAGAUCUCACGCAUCCUUACGUUACUGAUAAUCCAGAAAACGUAAUUAAGUCUAUUGAAAUUCACAAUGAUCCGUACACAGCUGCAGACUCGACACACGCUAUUGUAAUAUGCACCGAAUGGGACGAAUUUGUGAACUUGGAUUAUGAAAAAAUUUAUGAACGUAUGAUAAAACCAGCAUUUAUUUUUGAUGGGCGCAAGAUUCUGAACCAUGAAGUCUUGGCCACAAUUGGUUUUCAAGUUCAUACAAUUGGAAAACGUUAA